UCUACUUAUCUAUGACAGUAGUUUGAUUGAUAUCGGGUGUCUAAGGUUUUGUUAAAAAGAACUUGUAGCAAUAUUAUAUGAUGCGUUUCUGAUUGAGGAAACUUAUUUAUUAACAUAUUAUAGACAUGGAAACUGAUCAAACCAAUGGGGUUGAUUUGAAUUCUUCUUUGGAAUCAAAUUCGAAAAGUGUCUCACAACCGUGUUCUCCUGCUAAUGGAGAUUCUCAACCUAGAUCAAGAUCUAACUCCAAUGCAAGUAGAGGUAAACAUUCUCGAUCAAGAUCCAAUUCUUCUGUGAAAAGCAGAUCGAGGAGUCCAUCAAAUGAAGAAAAUGCUAGAGAUCGUUCAAAGUCUAAAUCCAAAUCCCCAAGUGAAACAAGUAAAUCUAUUGUAAGGGGUUCUCGUUCUCGUUCUGCCUCUGUAAAAUCUGAUGAUAAUCCCAAAUCUAGAAAUGGUUCGCCCAGGUCUAGAUCAAAUUCUAGGCAGAAAUCAAAAUCUCGAUCCAGGAGCCGUUCACAGUCCGGAUCAAGAAAGUCACGUUCCAGGUCGAAGUCAAAAUCCCGUUCUAAAUCAAGGUCUCGGUCGAAGUCAAGAUCUCGUUCGAAAUCAAGGUCUCGGUCAAAAUCAGGAUCACGGUCAAGGUCACGUUCAAAAUCUGGCUCGCGCUCAAAAUCGAGAUCCCGUUCUAAAUCGGGUUCUCGAUCAAAAUCAAGGUCUCGUUCUAAAUCUGGUUCUCGAUCGAAAUCAAGGUCUCGUUCAAAAUCGGGUUCUAGAUCAAAAUCAAGGUCACGUUCUAAAUCUGGUUCCCGAUCAAAAUCUAGGUCGCGAUCGAAAUCUGGCUCUCGAUCCAAAUCAAGGUCACGUUCAAAAUCUGGAUCCCGCUCAAAAUCAAGGUCUCGUUCAAAGUCUAGAUCCCGCUCCAAAUCAAGGUCUCGUUCCAAGUCUGGCUCCAGGUCAAGAUCAAGGUCCCGUUCUAAAUCUGGCUCCCGCUCAAAGUCGAGAUCUAAAUCAAGGUCACGUUCCAAAUCUGGAUCUCGUUCAAGGUCAGGUUCGCGCUCCAAGUCCAGAUCUCGUUCGAGGUCGAAGUCUGGUUCACGCUCAAGAUCAAGGUCCGGGUCGGCAAGGUCAGGAUCUAGAAGUAAAUCAAGGUCCAGAUCCAAGUCUGGUUCAAGAUCCAGAUCGCGUUCUGGGUCUAGGAAAUCAAGGUCCCGUUCUAGAUCAGCAAAAUCUGAUCGAUCCCGUUCAGGGUCUGGAGACGAAAAAGUAGCAAAGAGAAAACGACUUGUUUCUGAUUCGGAGGACGAAGACAAUAACAAAGCAAAGAAGAGAAUAGCUGUAGUAAGUGACGAUGAGGGAGAAGAAGCGGGACCUUCGAAAGAAGCUGUUGUACCUGCUGAAAAAGUUAUUCCUGAUGUGUCAGACGACUCGGAUGAUGGUAUUGACAAAACAAUUCGUAACGAUGGAGAUAACGAUGGGGUUUCAGACUUUGACAAAAUGUUGGCCAGGAAGAAGGAAGAGGGUUCGAAAAAGAGGAAAAGGAAGGAUAUCGACAUAAUCAACGAUAACGAUGAUAUUAUUGCGCAACUUCUGUCCGAUAUGAGGAACGCUGCAGAAGAGGACCGUAGACUGAAUAAAGCUAACAAACCUGCCAUUAAAAAAAUUGGAAUGUUAAACAAAGUUAUGUCGCAACUUAGAAAGCAUGAUUUAAUGUUGGCUUUCAUAGAACACAAUGUUUUAAGUGUACUAACAGACUGGUUAGCCCCUAUGCCUGACAGGUCUAUGCCAUCCCUACAACUAAGGGAAGCGAUUCUGAAACUUCUUCAAUCGUUUCCCCCAAUUGAUCAGUCCUCACUGAAACACUCGGGUAUAGGAAAGGCCGUUAUGUACAUCUAUAAGCAUCCGAAGGAAACUAAAGAAAACAAGGAAAGGGCGGGUAGGCUGAUCAACGAGUGGGCCAGACCAAUAUUCAAUUUGUCCACAGACUUUAAAGCGUUGAGUAGAGAGGAACGACUUCAGAGGGAUAUGGAACAGCAGGUGCCCCACAGGAGGAGAAGCGAAGGUCAUUCUAGUUCUCAGAGAAACGAUAACGAGUUGUCGGAAGCUCUGAACGCCGAUGGAAAACCUUUAAGACCAGGUGAUCCAGGUUGGAUAGCUAGAGCAAGGGUUCCCAUUCCAUCAAACAAGGACUAUUUAGUUAGACCUAAAUGGCAGUCUGAAGUAGACAUAAGUCGGACUAAGAAAAAACAAAUGAAUAGGUUUGAGAGACAUUACAAAAACUACAUCGACGGUAAGAGAAUGAAGCAAACUAGGAGAGCAGUAGAAAUAUCAAUUGAGGGACGAAAUAUGCAACUCUGAUUGUUUUUAAUAUAUAUAGAAAUAGAUCUUUAGUUUUUUCAAACCCAAUUAUUUUUUUUUUAAGUGUAAUUGACUUAUUAUCGCCUUAUUUUUCUUUGUAUCAUUCAGUGUAAAUAAAUACAUUUAUUUAAAA